AUGGUUCUAUCUACAGUCAUUGGAGAAUGGUUCUCCAGAGUUCUUUUUGGAACCGUUGCUCCUUCUCCCCUUACAGCCACUGCCCCCAUCUCUCAGGACUUUUACGACACUGCCCUGACUUUCUCCCACCUCUCCAAUGUUGCCUACUGUAUCAAUACUCCAUUGGAGUCUUUGAAAUCUGACUUCUCUUGCGGAGUAGCAUGCUCUCACUUUCCUAACAUGGAGCUGGUCGAAGUGUUUGGAGGUGAGUUUUUCGAAACCUCCAUCACCGGAUUUCUUUCUAUUGACCAUGUCAAGAAAGAGAAGUAUGUGGUUUACCGAGGAACCUACGACAUCGGAGACGUCUACACCGACAUCCAACUGUCCCAAAGCCCCUUUCUCGUCACUCCUUCUGCCCUAGGAUCGACUGCAAACCUCUGCGAGGGAUGCACUAUUCACGACGGCUGGAACAAGGCUUACAAUGAGACCAUGGGCAUUAUUGGAGACAAGCUGGCUGAUCACGUUAACAGCAACCCUGACUAUCGAUUGGUUGUUACUGGUCAUUCUCUGGGUGCUGCUAUUGCGGUACUUUCUGCUACAAGUCUCAAGGUGAACGGUCAGGAUCCCUAUCUUUACACCUAUGGUCAGCCUCGUAUUGGAAACGCCAACUUUGCCAAUUUUGUCUCCAAGCAGUGGUUUGGCGAAGGAGAUGGUCUCAGCAUGGAUUCUGAUAGACGUUACUUCCGACUGACUCACUGGAACGAUCUGUUUGUAGGAUUCCCCGCUUUCAAGGACUAUGUCCACUCUGUGGGAGAAAUCUACAUUGAUUACUUCACUGUCCAGCCUCCUCUGAACAAGGUCUUCUCUUGUGCCGGUCCCGAGAGUAUGAGCUGUUACAGAAAGGACUUUAACGCUCUUGCUCGGUUAGACAUUGUCAAGAACCACCUGGCCUACUUUGACUGGAUCUCUUUAUGCACUCUCAAUAUUGGACGUCGAGAUCUGGAGAGAGGGCGCAAGUUUGAAGGUACUUGGCUCUACGGAGGUCUUGCCAACGGUUCCACCAUCUUUUAG